AGGCCCAUCUCCUCAAAGCCCACGCGAGGCUCUAAUCAAAACAUUAACAUCUAAGCUAGCUAACUAUUCUAGCUAGCUGAGUUAGCUGGCUAGCUUCGAAUUAAAAUACAAUUGAUACAGUAACGUAUCUUUACUGGGCUUUAAAUGGCAGUAGAAUAAUUAAACUGUCUUGUUUGUGUUUCCAGAAACAGUAAAUUUGAUAGCUGGUGAGCUAACAUUAGCAGGACAUCUGUUUCGCCUCCCGGGUCCUGCACAAUCGUGAGGCAGUCAUGUCAGGCAUCAAGAGGAAAAUUGAAGAUAAUGAUCCUGAUUAUGAGGACAUCUCAUUGGUCCAGGAGAGCAAGCGAAACAAAGUGGUGGAACACAAUGCUCGUGAAGCAACAGUACAGAAGAUUGAGGCUAUCAUCAAAGAACAAUUCUCCUUGGAAAUGAAGAAUAAAGAGCAUGAGAUUGAAGUGAUCGGACAGCGUCUGAAUGAAGCCAGGAGGAUGAUGGACAAGCUUAGAGCCUGCAUAGUGGCCAACUACUAUGCCAACGCUGGCCUGCCAAAGCUCUCUGAGCAGGCCUCCAAGAGUGACCCUGCCGUGCUGAACCACCCAGCCAUCAGGCGCUUCCUGGACUCCCCCUCGCGCUCCUCCUCGCCCCUCAACCACGGCUCGGACGCCACCUCCCAGGGGCCCUCGGAGUCCGAGUCGCUGUCCCAGCAGGGAGAGGGCCCCGAGAGGGACGGCGAUGGGUCCUGGAGGGGCGACGGGGACCGUCCGGAGGCCAGGCCUGGGCGCAACAUCGGGAAAGACACGUUUGGCGUGCCUGCAUCAGGAUCAGGGGAGCACAGGGUUACUUACCUCACGACAGGAGACGAGGCCUCCAGACUGUAUGUGAAGAAGACCAUUGUAGUUGGGAAUGUCUCCAAGUACAUCCCUCCUGACAAGCGAGAAGAGAAUGACCAGUCCACCCAUAAGUGGAUGGUGUACGUCCGAGGGUCCAGGAGAGAGCCCAGCAUCGACCACUUUGUCAAGAAAGUCUGGUUCUUUCUGCACCCCAGCUACAAGCCCAACGACCUGGUAGAAGUCUGUGAGUCUCAGUUCCACCUGACUCGUCGCGGCUGGGGGGAGUUUCCCGUCCGGAUCCAGAUUCACUUUAAAGAUCCCCGCAACAAACGCAUCGACAUCAUCCACCACCUGAAGUUGGACAGAACCUACACAGGCCUGCAGACCCUUGGGGCAGAAACGGUGGUGGAUGUGGAGCUCCACAGGAACUCUCUUGGGGAGGACUAUCUCCCUGUUCCCUCGUCCUCCUCCAGGGCUCACCGGGCCCCCAGCCCCUCUUCCCCCUGCUCCCUGGCCCAGACGCCAGGCCCUGUGUCUGGACGCGCCGUCUCCCCAGAGCCCCUCUCACAGGACCCCCACCCGGCUUCCACAGAGAAAGGUCUGGCCAUCAAAGCAGAGGCACCAAGACCUGCAGGAGGGCACGCAGCGCCCCCCGCCCCCGGCGAACGCACCCCAACCAGGCCCAGAGGAACAGAAAUGAUCACCUUGGGUUCCCAUGGCAACUCGGCCUUCCAGCCAAUCACAGCGAGCUGUAAGAUCGUUCCCCAGGGACAGGCUCCCAGCCCGGCCGAGUCCCCUGGGAAAUCAUUCCAACCAAUCACCAUGAGCUGCAAGAUUGUAUCAGGUUCUCCCAUCUCCACCCCCAGCCACUCUCCCCUGCCCCGCCUCCCCACCUCCUCCACCCCUCUCCACGCCAAGCAGGGCUCCUCCAUGCUCAACAACCCCUACAUCAUCGUCGACAAGCCCGGUCAGGUCAUUGGCAUGGCAACCACUCCUGCCUCCUCCACAGGAAGCCCCUCAGCCAAGCUGCCAGGAUCCCAUGGCACUCGCUCGCCUGCUCCUAAACUACACACUAGCAACUUCCUGCCCUCAGGGGUCAAGGUCAUUAUCAAGCAGGAGCCGGGGGAGGUUCCCACGCAGCAGCAGCAAAUGGUUUCCACGGUAACGGCCCAGCAGCAGCAGCCAGCCGCCACGGCAACGCAGCAGUUUGUCGCAUUGAAAGGAGGUCACGUGAUCUCCAUGUCGCCCCAGAAACAAGCGGGAGGGGCGUCAGGAGCAGGGGCCAUGUCCAGCAAGGUGCUGGGUGUUCCUGUGGGCUCGGCCCUCCAGUCUGCUGUCAAACAAGUGGCCAUCAGCAGCGGACAGAUCCUGGUCGCCAAGGGCAGCCCCUCCGUCUCCAAGGUGAUGGCCGGCAAGCAGGUGGUCGCCCAAGGCGUGGCCAAGGCCAUCGUCAGCGGAGCGGCCAGCAGCCUCGUGGGUCAGCAGGUGGUUGCCAAGGCAACGGGAUCCGCGGGAGGAAGUGGAAAGAGUGGAGUGAUGGCUACCCUCCAGCUGCCUGCCAACAACCUGGCCAACCUGGCCAACCUGCCCCCGGGCACAAAGCUGUACCUGACCACCAACAGCAAGAACCCCUCAGGGAAGGGCAAGCUGCUGCUCAUCCCCCAGGGAGCCAUCCUCCGGGCCUCCAGCUCAGCAGGUCAGCAGUCCCAAGGCAGCUCCUCCGCAGGGUCCGGGGGCUGCCAGACCUCCUCCAGCAGUCUGCCCUCCAACCUCUCCUACACUUCCUACAUUCUCAAACAGACCCCACAGGGCACCUUUCUGGUUGGCCAGCCGGCCUCGCAGAGCUCAGGAAAGCAGAGCACAUCCAGCUCUGCGGGUCACACUGUGUCGUCCCCGGCAACCGGCACCCAGCAGGCUAUCCGGGUCACGGCAGGACAGAAGGCGGCCAUCUUGGCUCAGGUCGUGGGCGGGUCCCAGGCAUCCCAGGUGAAGCUGUCGGAUGGCUCGGUGAAGACGGUUUCCUCGGCAACGGCGGCUCACCUUUCCAAGCCGGGCACGACCACGCUGAGGAUGACGGGCGGCGUGAUCACAGCCACCAGCUCCAUCCCCUCUGCCGCCGUGGCAACCGCGACGCAACAGGCUGCUGACGGGGUCAAGCCCGUAUCCCAGCAACACCCUGUUCUCGUGGCAGCCAAUCAGGCGGCAGUGAUCAACGCCGCCAAGAACGCCGCUGCCGCCAGCUCCAUGGCGAAGAGCGUCGCGGCAACCGUCUCCCUGGUGAAGGGCUCCAGCGGUGCCUGUGCGGUAACCAUGACGAAGAGCGCCUCAGCAGCAUCCGGCGCUGUCGUCACGGUCGCCAAGAGCGUCGCCAACAUGCCCGUCAUCAGCCUGACCAAAGGGGCGGGGUCGGUGGUGGGUGUGUCCAAGAGCUCCAGCACGUCCUUGGUCACCGCGGCGUCGCUGGUCAGUGGGAUGGCGGCAGCAGGAGGGAAGACUGGCACCACUCUCUCAGGGAUGUUGAAGAUCCACCCUGGAGGGCCCAGCUCCCAGCCCACGGUGCUCACCAUCCCAGCCAACCAGCUCAAGCAGCUGGGCGUGGGCUCCGGCCCCGGGGGCGCCCACACCAUCCUCAUGCCUGUCAGCAAAGUUGUCCAGUCCAGCUCUGUGUCUAAAGGCCCAGGCUCCGGUCCCCUCCCCCCCUCCACCAUACCAGGAGCAGCAGGUGUCUCCCCAGGCAGUGCUGCUCCUGCCCAGGCCUCCCCCCUCUCCCUCUCCCUGCCUCUGGCCCAAGUGAAGACUGAGCCGGGCGGCAGCACUCCGGUCAGCGCUGUCCCGUCCCCCACCGUCCCGGCCCCCGGACCCCCCUCCUCCUCCACCCCUGCUCCUGCCCCCGCCACCACCGCCAUCGUCAAGAUGGAGCAGGGGGCCGAGACCACCACGCACGAGAUCAACACGGAGCACAUAGAGAACAUGAUGCAGCUGCUCACCGCCGUCAUGAAGAAACUACCUCUCAUCUUAGAGAAGACUGAAGCCUCCCCUGCGUUCUGCGCCUCCUCUGUCGAGCAGUACUACUCCUGGAACAUCGGGAAGAGGCGUGCCUCCGAGCUUCAGAGGGCAGUGGCGGUGAAGCGUGUUGUCCAGGACGUGCUGGACCGCGCUCCUCGCCUGCAGGCCCUCACCCCCCCCAAGACCAGAGAGGUGGUGCAGUGGUGCCGGCAACGGGGAUACACCCCCCCCGACCCUGAGCCCCAGCGCAAGAACGACGAGGAGUCCAUAGAGGACAUCCUCACCCAGAUAGAUAACGAGCCUGAGUGCCCGUCCACGCUGGGCAGCUGUGAGGAGGUGGUGCAGAAGCUGGAGCAGAUGCAGAUCCUGCUGAAGACGGAGCCGGAGGACGGCCACGACCAGCUGGUGGACAUCACCAGCGUCACCCCGCCCACCCGCAGGCCCAAGGUCAAGGAGGAGGAGCAGGAAGCCGACCCGGAGCCCAAGUACUUCCUGCCCCCCUGCCCCUCCGCCCAGUUCGUCAGUGAGACGGCACAGCAGAUCGGAGUGGCCUUUCAGCCGGUGGAGGUGGAGAAGAGUGUGUUUGCUCCAGUGAUUGAGGCCAUGAUUCUGAAGGCGACGGAGCAGUUUGCUAGUGACAUCCUGAGAGAAUCUCUAGCUGGGGCCUUUGUCAGAUCUGGACAGAACAGGGUGCCUAGGGAGAUCACAGCCAUGAAUGUCCACCAGGCGCUGAGCAGCAUCCCAUCAUGUGACUUCUUGACCAACACUCACAUGGGCUACCUGACCCUGGACGGUGGUCACGGCAACUGAGCCCCCCUCCCCCGUCUGUCUGAGACUCCAUCUUAUGAUUGGGACACCACCAUGAAGGAGGAACCGAGGGGAGCGACGGAACUCUUAACUGGGGUUGAUUGGCUACCCCAUCAUCAUCGUUCUAACUGGGCCUUCUCCUAUAACGGGAGUUCAUCUGACAGUCUUGCGCUGUUUUCGCUGACUGUUUCUCUGACUGUUUUCACUGACUGUUUUUCCUCACAGAAGUGCCCUGCAUAGUCCUGUAACGCCAUUGAAGGUCGAAGAGAGGGACCUGUGUCGUUUAAUCAGAGAUGCCCUCUCUCUCUCACCUGGUUAACAAGGUCGAUGUGGGGAAGGGUUUCCUGACUGCUGCAAGGGAGGUGGAGGUGCUUUCCAGACAUCUGCCAUGCCAGACUGUUCACUCCCCCACCACGAGACGAGUCUUAAUCCUGUUGAUUUAGUCUUCAGUACAGGACACUAUCCCUCUUCUGCAGUCAAUGCAGAUACAUUGAAAUAGAUUAGCUUUUUGAACUGGAAAUGGGUUUCACUGUGUUUGUUUUUUUUUUUUUUUUUUAACACAUGAUUUGCUCCUGGAUCUGAAUUGGCUACUUCUAGAUGGAGUUGAACUAGGCAGUAGAAAUGAUGAUUUUAAUGGCGUGCGUGCGCACUUUAGCAUGAAUUAGUGAUGUCCUCAAGAUCAAACAGAGGGUGACCUUCGCCUCCAAAUCAAUGCAGUGCUGCACGAGUGACGUGAAAACAGCCCUGAUCUGCAGUCCUGUGUGUUGAGAGUGGCAGCACUGACAGACAUGUCCACCAUAUGAACAUGUUUGUCAGUGCUGCUCUCACCCAACAACAAAAUACAGGAAGAAUUGAUGCCCAUUGUAGUGAGUCUGGGAUAAUAAUCCCAUAAUAAUAAUAAUAUUCCCAUUGGACCUGCUUCGACUCCCUUGUCAAAUGCAAGUGCAUUUUGUGAUCCAUAUAUUGGCAGUAUGUAUGCUGUGAUAACCGAAAUGUAUGACCAAGUUGAGUACUGUAUGAACGUCUCAUAAUUCUGUUUUUGUUUAAUUGUACAUCAAUCCCCUAACCAGCAAAGUCAUAAUAGUGGUGUAUGAAUGGAUGAGUUUGUGAUAGUAAGUGUACAGUAUUACGGAUGAAAAUGUUGUAUAUUGAUGCAGUUGUGUGAUACUGGAAGUCAACCUGUUGGGUGUUAUGUAUGAAUUGUGUGAGUGCGUGCCCCUCUGGCCUGAUUGGUCGUAUUGCCUGUUUGACCAAAUUUAAUGUAUUGUAGAAUUUAUCUGACUGUUGUAUUUCCUUUUUUUUUUUUUGUGCUCACCAAAAAUACGAUCAAUAUUCUUGUAAUAGAACAGAACCUGUUUACAAACCUGUGUUUCAUUUCUACACAAGGUUUUUCUACCACAGAUGUUACCAGGGCAGAGACGCACCAAAUUGGCCAAAAGAUGAAAAUGAAGAAGGGAGAGGUGUGGAGAUCACAGGACAGAGACAGUAGAUUACGGUACGGACAGGAUUAGAUUGCAGGACAGAGAUGGCAGAUUAAGAGGCAUAGAUGCUAUAUUACGGGACAAAGACUAGCCCACAGGGCAGAGGCGGGGAUGGAGACUGCUUGCAUGACCAGCCAGUGAGAGCCCUCUGCUCGAGGGGUCACCAUCCGCUGUCGAGUAGCUGACAUGGUCCCUCCUAACCUGGCUGUGAGGCACCAGCUCCAUCCCUGCUGCCUGCCUGGAACCAGGCCUGCCCAGCUACCCUGUCCUGGUCCUAGACUCCUGGAGUCCUAGACUCCAGCAGGGGAAUUCAUGCAUUUACCAGCUGUCUUGAUGAACAUGGAGUACGCUUCACAGUGUUCCUGGAGGAUAUGAAUCAUUCGGAUUAAAUGGCUCUUUUCAUACAAGACGGCUUCUCACUGUCUUUCAUGCUUGAACACACAGAGGAAGAGGGCUCCUGCUAUGCUAGAUGAUCUGUGCGUCUUACCUGACAGGAGAGAAAGGCCGUUGACAUAAUCAGCAUCACAGUCAAGAACAGGCUGCUGCUUUACACAGUUGGAUCCAGCACUGGUACACUAGACUGACAUGCAAAAGGUCUUCAUCUAUCUCCUAUGUUCACUCUUCACAUAAGUGCACCGAGGUGCUUCUAGAGACACAACACAGCAAAUGUAGGCACCGCAUUCAUGAGAGACCCAUGAUGAGGAUGAUUAGUAUGGACGAAUGACUCGGGGAAAUCCAUUUUUAUAAGAACCUAAUAUUCUUUUAUUGUAAUAGCAUUUAAAUCAUAUACUUCAUCUUUGUUUUCUUUAAACAACAUUUUUUUACAAAAUGAAACUAGAACAAAUUUACUCUUGCAAAAUUGUAAACUAGUUGAAUAUAAAGGAAAUAAA